CAAUCUUACAUUUUGUACAUGUAGAUUCAUUACACACUGUUAGCUCUACACGAUUCUUUCUUCACUGUAAUCUUGAAAAAAACAUUAAAAUACCUUUGGCUUUGAGAGCUGAAAAAAUGAGUGAAGAAAACUAUUCAAAACCAACAUACACAGAACAAAGGGAGAUUGAAUGUCAAACAGAAUUAGUAGAUGCACAUUAUGAUGAAGAAGAAGAUGAUGAUGACAAUGAUGAUGAUGGGUUGUAUGGUCUGCUUAAACUGCCACAAGACAAUGAUGGCAGUGAUCAAUACCCGUCAGUACAAGUUAUCUCUAACCUUAACACCGAACAGUUAACAAAAAUGGAAAGCUUGAAGAAAAAUGAUUUCACUAUAAAUUCAAAGAACUUAUUACGAUGGACUAAGGUCAUUACCCCGAGUAAAUUUGCAGAGCAACCAGCAGAAGAAGCCAGCUGGGAAGUUUUAUCUAAAAAUUACUCCAAAAAGGUAAUUCAUGCUACUGGAAAACAUAAGAAAGUGAUUACAAAGAAAGCUAAAACAGCUAGCAAACACUUACAAAAUAUUUCACUAUUCAAUAAUUUACAUGCCAAUGAUAUAAAGAUACAAGAAGAAGGAAUGUUUAUUGCUGAACCAAUGGUUGCAUUAAAUUAUCAAAAUACUCAAAUACCUACUCAAUAUUUGAACAAUCAAAAUACUCAGACAUUUAAUGUUCAAAAUAUUAUUUCAUCAGCAACCACUUGGGAUCAAAAUAAUUCAUUUCAAACCACACCUAUCCAAAACAAACAGUUUAUUGAAGAAAACAUUAAUCAAGUUGUAAUACCGUUUGAAGAAAACACUGUUAAAUUAGAAGAACAAUGCAUUGAUGAGGAAAAUAAACUUUACCAAACAGUUCCCUUUCAACAAGAAACCAUCACAGGAGUUGGAAUAUCACAGCAGCAUUUGAAACAAGAAAACAACUCUAAUGUUAUGAAAAACAUUCAUACUAAUGUUCAAAAUAAUCAGAAUACAGAAACAUACACAAAGCAACAACAACCUACAUUAAAUCUUGAAAAACUUAUAGAGACCCUCAGGAAUCAUGGAAAAGGUAUAAAUGCACUAGAUCACUUACAGUCAAAGGAAGAAAUGGAAAUAAAAGUCAAUGGUGCACCGCUAAAAUUCAUUCUUGUAGAACAAUCAUCAGAAGAUGCAAGUUUACCUAACACAAUAGAGAUUUCUGCUCAAUCAACUGAUGAACAUGAUACUACUGGAAAUAUAAAGUAUUUUGUUCAUUCAAGCAUAAAAGCAGACAAUAUUUCAGACAUUCCUUCCAAAACAAAUUCUAACAAUAUGCAAGUGGAAAGUGAUGCUAAUAUAGGUUACUUAGAAGAGGUAUCAGAUAGGAAUCAUUUAUUGAAGAAAAAUUUAAUAUAUAGUAGUGUAGACAAAGAUAAACUGAAAGCAGAUGAGUAUCAUGAAAUGCUUAAAGCUGCAAACAAGAUAUUACGAACUAAAGUAAGCGAUGAUAAAAACAUGACAGACAAAGAGAGAAAAUACAAAUGUGAUGUAUGCACAGCUUCGUUUAAGAAGAGUUGUAACUUAUCAGCUCAUAAACGCAUCCAUAGCAACGAUAGAAGAUUUUCUUGUCACAUAUGUAAUCAGAAGUUUUAUGUUGGAACUAAAUUAAGAUCCCAUAUGAGAAUUCACACAAAUACUAAGCCUUUUGUAUGUAAUAUCUGUAAGAAAGCAUUUCGUGAAAAAUCCGUAUUGAAAAAUCAUAUCUUGACUCACACUGGAAAGAAAGAGUUUGAAUGUUCUAUUUGUAAAAAGAAGUUUUUCCGUAAAAGUAAACUGGAUAUACAUAUGCGAAUUCAUAGUGAUAAUAAGCCCUAUAAAUGUGAACACUGUAACCGAUCAUUUGCUGUCAUUUACUAUUACAGAAAACACGUAAAAAAACAUGCCAUAAAGAAAGAAUUUGAGUGUCAUAUUUGUAAGAAGGGGUUCCAUUUGAAAGAAAAUUAUAACUGUCAUCUUUUAUCACACGAUAAAUCAAAAAGAAAACGGUGUGAGAAAUGCUUGAAAACGUUCAUUAAAGACUCACUAUUAAAGAACCACAACUGUUUAGGCAUGCCUGUAAAGUCUGAGAUGAGUCAGUUCCUCUGUGGUCAAUGUAGUAGCAGCUUUAGUAGCAAAUCACAACUCUUCAUUCAUCUCAAAGAACAUCGAGGUGAAGACGUCUUUUAUUGUAAGAUUUGCAAUAAACCAUUCCUCCAUGAGUACCUACUGAAACGUCACAAGGUUGUUCACAGUGAUAAAAAACCUUAUAAAUGUAAAGUUUGUAAAGUUGAAUUUAGUUGGAUAUCCAGUUUGUGUACACAUAUCAUGACAAAACAUAAGGACAAGAUCAUGGAACAAGAAAAAGAAAAGAAAAACAUUGAUGGAAAAGAUCUGGAAGAAGAAAGAAUAGAAAGUGAAACUGAGUUAAUGGAACUGAAACCAGAUACCCAGUUGGAUGGUCAGAUAUCUUCUCAAACAAAAAAUGUAUGUACUGUAUGCAAUCAAUGCACUGUAACAGAAGAAUCCUUAAGAGAACACUAUAGAACACAUAACUUAGAUUGGAUACCAUCCACUAAAUAUAAUCCGGAAAAAUUACGACAAUUACAUCAAAAAGAUAAGUUUGAGAUGAAAAAAGUGGCUACAUUUCAGUGUGACAGAUGUAAGAAAGUUUUAUCUGAAACUGAAAAAGAAAUCCAUUCCUUGGUUCAUGCUAGAUAUCCCUUUACUUGUGAUUUUUGUUUCAUGAAUUUUGAACAUGAACACUAUUUACUGAAACAUUUGGAAAUACAUAAGGGAGAUAAACCACACAGAUGUAAUUUAUGCGGUGAGAAAUUUGCAACAUUGCAGCAAUUAUCAACCCAUAGGAAAAAUCAUGAGGAGGAAGAAAAUAAACCCAUCAAGUGUGAUGAAUGUGGAAAGAGAUUCCGUAAUAAUUAUAGUUUGAAUUUACACAGGCAUAUCCAUACCAAAGAGAAACCAUAUAAAUGUGAUGAAUGUACAGAGACCUUCUCCAGACCUGAUUAUCUCAGAAGACAUAAGGCAAGAUUACAUUCUGGGCAAGUCUUCCAAUGCAACUGUUGCCCAAAAACAUUUUACGAAAAAUAUGAGUUGACCAGACACAUUCAGUCUUCUCACAUUAAAGACAAACCACAUGUUUGCACAGAAUGUGAUAAGAAAUUUGCUUUUCAAUAUGAGCUGAAGAAACAUUUGGAAACUCACAACAAAAAUCUCCCUUUUAAAUGUAAUGAAUGUCCUAAUGCUUAUGAAAAAAAGAAACAGUUGAACAGGCACUUCAAAAAUAAACACCCUCAUAAUGAAAAACAAGCGGUUAUGAUCAACAAACUUAUUAUAUGUACUGAGACUGGAAAUGAGAACUUUCAUGAGCAUACAGAAGAAGAAACAAAGGAAUCUACACCAGAACAAUCAUAUAGGCAUGAAAUGAUAGCAGAAAAGGACAUUAAAACAGAAAUAUCAAGCAAUCAGAUUAAAGAUUUAGGUAGAAUUAUUCAAGAAAGCAAACAGAGUGAAGAUGUGAAACAAAAUAAUUCUGAAUUGAAUGAAAGUCACUCUGCCAUUCAAACACAAAGUAAUCCUCCAUGCGUGACUAUCUUCAGGACUGUUGAUGAAGAAGUCGAUUUAAAUGAGGAAGAAUCGGUAGAAAUAGUUGCAAGUUCAACUAAUCAGUCUGCACAGGAAAACUCAAAUACUGAAAAUGAGACGUAUUUAUAUGUAGACCAAAGCACAGAAGAAUCGAAAAUAGAAAUUCCAUUAGAAGUGUAUAGUGACAUGCAAAAUAGUGAAACUGCUUUUCAAUACCUUGACCCUAAAUCUGGGACUCUUUACAAAUUAUCAUCUGAAGAAUCAAACACUUAUGAAGUAGAAGUUAGAACUGAAGAUAGUGAAGUUGUUAAUAAGAGUAUCACAUCUGACUCAACACUAAUUGGCAAAACUGAUGUAAAAGAACAUAGUUAUGUUAAAGUGUCUAAUGUAUUCAUACCAUCUACCAAAAAGGAAAACUACUUUUAAACUAAUGUGAGAUAUUUUAAUGCAUGAAGUUAAUAUAUAUUUUCAUUUAUUAAAUCUAUUGUUAUUGGA